AUGCACUUUGCUCUCGCUCUCUCCAGCUACUCCUCCUAUGCAGCAUCCCCUGAGGCUCUCUUCUCCUUCAGUUCCUCCAGACUCAACUCGCCAAGCCAGCGCCCCGACCCCCGGAGGCCCCCCGGCCACACGCGCACGCGGACCCGGCCCCCGCCGCGCCGGCCCGCCCCUCCCCCUCCCCGGGGCCACUUACCGGGGGCCGGAGCCGGGGAGGGGGCGGGCGCGGGCGGGGGCUGCGGUCCCGGGCUGCUCUCAGCCCCGGGGGGCCGGGGCCGGGGCCAGCGGCAGCGGCGGCGCAGCGUCUCCCCCAGGCGGCGGCGGUGGCGGCGGCGGCACCGUCCCACUCCCCCGCACCGCGCCACGAAAGGUACCGCGGGGCCCCGCCUCGGACGCGAGCGGAGGCGCGCCCCUCCCCCGGCCCGCCCGGCGGGGAAUGGGGCCCUGGCCCCGCCGCCGCCGCCGCCAGGGCCCGCCCCCUCCGGGGGAAUGGCACCCGUCCCCCUCCCCGAAGGCGCUCGAUGGUACCAGCCCGCCGCGGCCUCCACCCCCCCUCUCCCCCGCCUGGCCCGGGAGAAGCCGCCCUCGCCCCGCCCACCCGGAGCCCCGCCCCCGCGCUACACGAGGGCCCGCCCUGUCGGCACCGCCUCCUGCUUUGCAUAA